AUGGGACGGUUGGGGCUCCUCGUGACUGAACGCGAGCUUCCGAAGCCUUUCAUACUCGCGGUCUGGGACGCGCUCUCCGGCUCGCAGGCGCUGGAGGGUGGAUUCGAGGAUGGAUAUUUGGGCGCUGAUCUGAGCGCGGUCCGCUUCGACCUGUUUGCGCUGCCGGAGGAGGUGCAUUCCGAGGGAAGUGAUGGCCAUGGAGUAGAGGACGUGGGGCAAGUACCGGGUGGAGGCCAUCUGUGGCGUCCGGACUAA